CAUCGGGAGCACACGUGACUUGCACCCGCACCGGAGUCGGCUUGGCGCAAGCAGCUGCUGCCCUUGCAAAGGGAAGCGAGCAAAGCGACGAAGCUCUGCCAGGCACCGUGCAAAAGGUGGCCCUGGGAGCAGCGCGUGCAGCCCUGAGCCCGCCGCGCGCGCCAGAGCAGAGCUGCAUGCAGCUGGCCAGGAUCCGUUUGCUGCGCCUUGCGGCUGCUCUCGCUCUUUCUCUCCCCCCGCCCGCUUUGCAUCCUAUUGCACAUUCUCUCCUGGCGGCGGCGCUCUACUUUGCAGCUGCACAGCCGGCUAAGCAAGGAACAUGGCGCCAGGGAGAAGCUGCUGCGCCGGGGAGCCGAGAUCUCCGCUUCGGGCGAGAGCCCGCCUGCUCAGCUCGCUGCUGCUGCUGCUCCUCUUGGCGUGGAACCGUCGGCCGGCGGACGCUGCCGGGAGGACCCUGCUCUUGCCCGCCGCCUACCCAUCCCGACCUCAGGACCGGGGCUUUGAGGUGCUGCAGGCGCCGCGUCCGGAUGCUCCAGGGCAGCCGCCGUCGCCGCCGCCGGGCGAGAAGCCGCGGAGCAAAAGAAGCGCCCCCGCCGAGCACCAGGAGCCCAUGAAGGUGUACGGACAGGUUAGCCUGAAUGAUUCACACAACCAGAUGGUCGUGCACUGGGCUGGAGAGAAGAGUAAUGUGAUUGUUGCUUUGGCCCGGGAUAGCUUAGCCUUUCUGGGCCCCAAGUUAAGUGAUGUGUAUGUGUCAUAUGACUAUGGGAAAACAUUCAAAAAGAUAUCGGAGAAAUUCAAUUUUGGACCAGGGAACACCAGCCAAGCGGUGAUUGCUCAGUUCUACCACAGCCCGGCUGACAAUAAAAGGUAUAUCUUUGUCGAUGCCUACACUCAGUACCUCUGGCUUACAACGGACUUCUGCAACACCAUCCAGGGCUUCUCAAUUCCAUUCAGAGCGGCAGACUUGCUUCUUCACAGCCGGCUUCCAAACCUCGUCUUGGGAUUUGAUAAGACCCAUCCCAACAAACAGCUUUGGAAAUCGGAUGAUUUUGGGCAAACGUGGAUAAUGAUUCAUGAACACGUGAAAUCGUUUUCCUGGGGCAUUGAACCGUAUGACAAGCCAAGUACAGUUUACAUAGAGCGGCACGAGCCUACGCGGGCCUCCACGAUCCUUUGCAGCACCGAUUUCUUUCAAACCAGGGAAAACAAAGAAAUUCUACUUGAGGAAGUGGAAGACUUCCAACUCAGGGACAAGUAUCUAUUUGCAACCAAGUCUGUGCAUCUUUUGGGCACACAGCAGCCGUCUGUUCAACUCUGGGUGUCUUUUAACCGCAAGCCGAUGCAAGCAGCCCAGUUUGUGACGAGACACCCCAUUAAGGAAUAUUAUAUUGCGGACACAUCUGAAGACCAGGUGUUUGUGUGUGUCAGUCAUAGUAACAAUGGCACCAACCUCUACAUCUCUGAAGCGGAAGGCCUAAGGUUUUCAUUGACUUUGGAGAAUGUCCUGUACUACAGCCCUGGAGGAAUGGGGAGUGACACCUUGGUCAGAUAUUUUGCGAAUGAGCCCUUUGCAGACUUCCAUCGUGUCGAGGGGGUGCCCGGGGUCUAUAUCGCCACCUUGAUCAAUGGCUCGUUCAACGAGGAGAACAUGCGGUCUGUCAUCACCUUUGACAAAGGUGGGACCUGGGAAUUUGUCCAGCCUCCAGCGUAUACUCGCUAUGGCGAAAAGAUAAAUUGUGAGCUUUCUAAGGGCUGCUCUCUUCACCUGGCCCAGCGGCUGAGCCAGCUCCUCAACUUUCAGUUGCGCAGGAUGCCCAUCCUAUCCAAAGAAUCUGCUCCGGGACUAAUAAUCGCAACAGGCUCUGUUGGGAAGAACAUGGCGAGCAAAAUGAACGUGUACAUUUCAAGCAGCGCAGGUGUCAGAUGGAAAGAGGUCCUGUCUGGACCCCAUUAUUAUUCUUGGGGUGACCAUGGAGGGAUCCUCAUGGCGGUAACCCAGGGCACAGAGACAAACCAGCUCAAAUACAGCACAAACGAAGGGGAGACCUGGAAGGUAUUCACCUUCUCGGAGAAGCCAGUCUUUGUUUACGGUCUCCUUACGGAGCCCGGGGAAAAAAGCACCAUCUUCACCGUCUUUGGAUCUUACAAAGAGAAUGGGCACAGCUGGCUCAUCCUGCAGAUUAACACCACUGAUGUGCUUGGGGUGCCUUGCACGGAAAAUGAUUACAAAAUGUGGUCCCCUUCUGAUGAGCGAGGUAACGAGUGUCUCUUGGGACAUAAGACAGUCUUCAAAAGGCGAACUCCCCAUGCGACUUGUUUCAAUGGUGAAGACUUUGACCGGCCAGUCAUGAUCUCCAACUGUUCUUGCACCAGAGAGGACUAUGAGUGUGAUUUCGGCUUCAAGCUGAGUGAAGACUUGUCAUUAGAAGUUUGUCUACCGGAUCCUGAAUUUGCUGGCAAACUUUAUUCUCCCCCUGUGCUGUGCCCUGUUGGCUCAACUUACAAGAAGACUAGAGGUUAUCGUAAGAUAUCUGGAGACACUUGCUCAGGGGGUGACGUUGAGGCCCGACUGGAAGGGGAACCCGUACCUUGCCCGUUAGCAGAAGAGAAUGAAUUUAUUCUGUACACCACUCGGUACUCCAUCCACCGGUAUGACCUCUCCUCUGGGAUCAGUGAAGAGUUACCGCUGACGGGCUUGCGAGGGGCGGUGGCACUUGAUUUCGAUUAUGACCACAACUGCUUGUACUGGGCUGAUGUGACGCUUGACAUUAUCCAGCGCCUGUGUCUUAAUGGGAGCUCUGGACAGGAGAUUAUCGUCAGCACCGGUCUGGAGACUGUGGAGGCGUUGGCUUUUGAACCUAUCAGUCAGCUGCUGUACUGGGUGAAUGCCGGCAUUCCAAAAAUUGAGGUUGCCAACCCAGAUGGGGACCUGCGACUCACAAUUUUGGAUUCCACUGUGCUCGAACGGCCACGAGCCUUGACUCUGGUACCUAAAGAAGGGCUGAUGUUUUGGACAGACUGGGGGGACUCCAAGCCUGGCAUUUACCGCAGUGAAAUGGAUGGCUCCUCUCCCACUUGCGUUGUCUCCGAGGGAGUGAGGUGGCCUAAUGGCAUUUCUGUGGACGAUCAUUGGAUCUACUGGACGGAAGCCUACAUGGAUAGAAUUGAGCGCAUCGACUUCAACGGCCUGCAGAGAUCGGUGAUCCUGGAUAGCCUCCCCCAUCCUUAUGCUAUUGCUGUUUUUAAGAACGAAAUCUAUUGGAACGAUUGGUCACAGCUGAGCAUUUUCAGAGCCUCCAAACACAGCGGGUCUAGAAUGGAGACGUUGGUUGACCAUCUCAACGGCGUGAUGGACAUGAAGAUCUUCUACCGCGGGAAGACAGCAGGGCAGAAUGCCUGCAUUGCCAAUCCUUGCAGCCUUUUAUGCCUGCCAAGAUCUAACAACAGCCGAAGCUGUAAGUGCCCCGAGGGAGUCACCAGCCACCUGCUCCCUUCCGGGGAGGUGAGAUGUGAUUGCCCGCCUAGGUAUCUCUUGAAGAACAGCACUUGUGUAAAGGAAGAAAACUCCUGUCUCUCCAACCAGUACCGAUGUUCAAAUGGGAAUUGCAUCAACAGCAUUUGGCAGUGUGACAGCGACAACGACUGCGGGGAUAUGAGCGACGAGAAGAACUGUCCAACAACUGUGUGUGAUGCUGACACUCAGUUCCGCUGCCAUGAGUCGGGGACCUGUGUCCCGCUGUCCUACAAGUGUGACCUUGAGGAUGACUGUGGGGACAACAGUGAUGAGAGCCACUGUGAAGCCCAUCAGUGCCGUGGUGAUGAAUUCAGCUGCAACUCAGGGAUGUGCGUUCGUCUCUCGUGGAAGUGUGAUGGUGAUAAUGAUUGCCGAGACUGGUCUGAUGAAGCAAACUGUACCGCAGUACACCACACUUGCGAAGCCUCAAGUUUCCAAUGCCGUAACGGGCACUGCAUCCCCCAGAGAUGGGCGUGUGAUGGUGACGCUGACUGCCAAGAUGGAUCUGAUGAGGACCCUAACAGUUGUGAGACAAAGUGCAAUGGCUUCCAGUGCCCGAAUGGGACUUGCAUCCCUUCCACCAAGUGGUGUAACGGGGCGCGCGACUGCUCCGAUGGCUCUGAUGAACAGCACUGUGAACCCAUCUGUACUCGCUAUAUGGAUUUUGUAUGUAAGAAUAGGCAGCAGUGUUUGCUGCGUUCUAUGGUGUGUGAUGGCACCGUGCACUGUCGAGACGGCUCAGAUGAAGACGCCGCCUACGCCGGAUGCUCCCAGGACCCAGAGUUCCACCACACUUGUGACCAGUUUAGCUUCCAGUGUCAGAAUGGCGUGUGCAUUAGUUUGGUGUGGAAAUGUGACGGCAUGGAUGACUGUGGGGAUUACUCCGAUGAGGCAAACUGUGAAAACCCAACCGAAGCCCCAAACUGCUCUCGGUACUAUCAGUUCCAGUGUGACAACGGGCACUGCAUCCCUAACAGGUGGAAAUGUGACAAAGAGAAUGACUGUGGAGACUGGUCCGACGAGAAGUCCUGUGGAGGUCCGGCGAUCAUCCCCAUCACCACGUUGGCCCCCGCCACGUGUUCACCCAACCACUUCCGGUGUAAUGGUGGCGGUUGCAUCAUGAACAGCUGGGUUUGUGAUGGAUAUCGGGACUGUGCAGAUGGCUCUGAUGAGGAUGCUUGUCCCACUGCUCCAAUCGGCGCAACUUUGCCGUCCGCCAGCUUUCCUGGACGUUGCAGCCGAUUUGAGUUUGAGUGCCAGCAGAUGAAGAAGUGUGUGCCAAACUGGAAGCGCUGCGAUGGUUUGAGAGACUGUCAGGAUGGCACAGAUGAGCUGAACUGCCCUACUCACAGCACCUUAUUGUGCCCGAAUGGGUUUAGGUGCGAAGAUGGAGAGGCUUGCAUCAUGAUGACAGAGAGGUGUGAUGGGUUCCUGGAUUGCUCAGAUAGCAGUGAUGAAGGAAACUGUACUGACGACAUUCUUGUCUAUAAAGUGCAGAACCUCCAGUGGACGGCUGAUUUCUCUGGCAACAUCACUUUAACCUGGACCCGCCCUAAGAAGAUGCCCCUUGCAUCCUGUGUCUACAAUAUCCAUUACAGAAUGGUUGGAGAAAGCAUGUGGAAAUCCUUAGAAACUCACAGCAGCAAAACUAGCAGUGUCUUGAAAGUGCUGAAGCCGGACUGCACAUACCAGGUCAAAGUUCAGGUUCAGUGCCUGAGCAAAUCGUACAACACCAAUGACUUCAUCACCUUGCGUACCCCAGAAGGAUUGCCGGACCCUCCACGCCAUCUUCAGUUGUUGCUGAAGAGAGAAGCUGAAGGCGUUGUGGUUUGCCAGUGGGCACUGCCAGCAAAUGCCCAUGGCCUGAUAAGAGAAUAUGUUGUGGAGUACAGCAGGGCUGGUUCCAAAGAAUGGUCAUCUGUGAGAGCCACCAGCAACUCUUCGGAAAUAGAGGGAUUGGAGGUCAACACACUGUAUACAUUCAGAGUUGCUGCGGUAACUAGCCGUGGAGUGGGAAAGUGGAGCGAUUCCAAAUCCAUACGAACCGUAAAAGGCAAAGUUAUUCCACCACCUACGAUCCACAUUGAUAGUUACAAUGAAAAUUCCAUAAGCUUCACUCUCAAAAUGGAAGCUAACAUUCAGGUGAACGGUUAUGUUGUGAAGAUCUUCUGGACUUUCGACACCCACAGACAAGAAAAAAUAUCAUUGUUCGUAGACGGGGGAAAGUCAGCCCAAACUGUGGGUAACUUGACUGCUCAGACACCGUACGAGAUUUCUGCAUCGGCUGAGACUGAACUUGGCGACAGCCCUCUGUCUUUUGCCCAUGUGGUGACCCGUGGCACAAGACCAUCCCCUCCCAGCCUGAAAGCCAAAGCGGUGAACCAGACUGCUGUCGAGUGUAACUGGACUGGCCCGAGGAACGUGGUAUAUGGCAUAUUUUAUGCUACAUCUUUCCUAGAGCUAUACAGGAAUCCUAACAAUGCCACCACCACUCUACACAACAUCACUGUCAUUGUCAACAGAGAUGAGCAGUACUUAUUUCUGGUACGUGUGAUAUCCCCGUACCAAGGACCACCUUCCGAUUACAUUGUAGUGAAGAUGAUUCCUGACAACCGCCUCCCCCCUCGGCACCUUCAUUCUGUGCACCUGGCAAAAAGCUUUGCAGUCAUCAAGUGGGAGUCACCUUAUGAUUCUCCUGACCAAGAUAUGUUAUAUGCUGUAGCAGUGAAAGAUUUAGUAAGGAAAACAGACAAAAUCUACAAAGUGAAAACUCGCAACAGCACUGUGGAAUAUACCAUCAAAAAGCUGGAACCUGGUGGGAAGUACCAUAUCAUUGUUCAGCUGGGAAACAUGAGCAAAGAAGCCAGUUUAAAGAUUAGCACAGUUGCCCUGGCCGCACCAGAUGCCUUAAAGAUUAUAGCAGAAAACGACCAUAUCUUGUUGUUUUGGAAGAGUUUAGCUUUAAAAGAAAGUCAGUUCAAUGAAAGCCGGGGGUAUGAAAUACGCAUUUUCGAUAGCAUGACGAAUAACACAGUAUACCUGGGCAAUACCACUGAGACCGUCUUUAAAGUCUCCAACCUGAAGAUAGGUCAUAAUUACUCCUUCACAGUGCAAGCAAGAUGUCUUUACAGUGGGCAGGUGUGCGGGGAAGCUGCAACGCUGCUUUACAAUGAAAUAGGAAGUGGUGGAGAUCCUGCUGCAUCUACGAUGGGCAAAUCUACAGAUGUUGCUGCCAUCGUCGUACCGAUAUUAUUCCUCUUGCUAGUGACUGUGGGCAUAGGGUUUGUUAUCUUGUACAUGCGGCACAGAAGACUUCAGAACAGCUUCACAGCUUUUGCUAAUAGCCACUACAGCUCCCGACUGGGCUCAGCAAUAUUCUCGUCGGGUGACGAUUUAGGAGAUGAGGACGACGAAGCACCGAUGAUCACGGGCUUUUCAGAUGAUGUCCCCAUGGUGAUAGCAUGAAGAGCGUUUCUGACUCUGGAAACCAAAAUGGUGUAAAUAUUUUAUUUGAUAAAAAAAAAUACCCACAGUCAACUGUUUAUUUUAAAAACAAAAAAUAUGCACUUUUGAGUUGCAAUAUGUUAUUUUUGUAUGGGCCGAAAAAAGAAGAAAUAAUUAUUACACUUUGUAGUACACAGCUGUGAACUUUCAAACCAGGUUGAUCUAGUAACAAUUUCUGUUGUUGUUUUUCCCUUUCCAAAUUUUAGGUUAGUCUUACAAGGCUGUGCUUGCUGGGCAUGCUUUUAAGUCUGUGAGAUAAUUUUUCUGUUGAGUACAACUCUGAUCCUCCGAGAACUUGUGGAUGCUCAGAGAGAAACCACUUGAUGCUCCUUCCAGCUUUGACAUAAUACCGUGGGACUAGUCAGGACGAAAGGACAAAGGGCUGUCACUGGCACACAAACUCCAUGCUGACUUCCCCCUCGUAAUGUGUAAUAAUGGAAAUGGGUGGUGUGACCUCCAUCACGACAUGCCCCUUCUUCACAUCACUGGCUCCCACUCUGCUGGACGGAGACUGGUCUUGGAGUGAGGCUCCCAGUUCUCAGGCUCAUUCCAGCACAUUCCUUCCUUUGCCACUGCCACGCUUUCCCACACAACUCUGUGGUUCAGUGGCGCCACCUAGGCUGCAGUAGCAGCCAGCGUGAGCAUUCCGUCGGUGUGUGUCCCCCGAGGGCCAACUUCAGAAUUUAUUCCUCAUUCUGAACAACUUGGCUGCUGACAUUUCCUUGGCUUCAUCUCCUGCUUCUGUUCCCAGAUUUGCUGCCGUGGACCUUGAACAACCCAAGCCCACUUGGACUGACAGCCCACCUGCUCCUCACCCCGGUUCUUGGCCCUUUCCAAUGCAUGACACCCUCAGAGGGAGCAAGGAACCUCACAAUGUUGUGAUACUGCGUCACACAUUUCCAUUACUACACAUUCCCAGGGACUGGGGAUCAACAGGGGGACAUUUUCAGUGGCAGGCCUGUAUACUUUGCUGUGUCUAGUUCUGUCCGUAAACAUAUGGCAGAUACUGGGCAGGAGUGAGCGCUGAGUGGUUCCUUUGCAAUCUUCAUUGUAUGAAGGACGUGCAACCAAACUGGGUACAGCGGGACAAUAAAGAUGGCUUCCCCAUUGGUUUUCUUAGGGCAGGGGUUCCCAAACUGAAGUGCGCAGACUAUCAGUAGUCUGUGAGCUUCAUUCAGGUGGUUCGUGGCAUGUUUGUGUGAAAAUACAAUUCAACAUUAUACAACAUCUGGCACAGUGCAUUACAGUUGCUACUAUAUGUAGGCAAAUCCUUAAGUGGUCCACAAAGGCCAUCAGCAAUUUUCGAGUGGUCUGUGCAGGGAAACUUUUGGGAACCACUGUCUUAGGGCACAAGCCCCUCCCCACAUACUGCUGCUACAAACCUCUUGCAUGAGAUCCUUACCUGAGUCCCUGAAUCUAGCAACUAGCUUGAACCAGUUCUCCCAGGAUCAGAGUCCAACCUUGCUUGUUUUCCUUCUUUCUUUUCCUAAGAGAAAUUUUAUUUAAAAAAAUAUUCAGGACAUUAUAUCUAUCUAUCUAUCUAUAUAUAUGAAGAGAGAAUCGUUCCUGAAGGUUUUACAUUGACUUUAAAAAUAAUUAUUUGGAUUUUGUUUUAUAUGAGAUUUUUGUUCAGUUUUAUUAAUUUAUUAGGAAAUCUGCUUUUGUUCAGAAUUCCAAAAUUUUUCAGUCAUGUGCACACUUAUUGUGUGAGGAGAUGUGCCACUUUUAAUCCUUUUGCAAAAUAGUCAGGUUGUUUUGUCCCUGUGUCUUGUAACUAAAUCAGGUAUUACUGCCAUAGUAAAAAAAAAGGAAAGAAAAGAAAAAAUGUUUUAUUUUUUUUUCUUUGAAUACUUUUCCAUGCUUUAGAAGAAAGUUAAAAAAAAAAAAGAGGAGUAUUUGCGUGUGGCCGAGCAACAGGCUCAUGGAUUUGUAAAAAUGAGGGCUGGAAUAGUUUCUGCAAACCACUUAGCACACCCUCCACAGAAGCAAAAAUAAAGAAAAUCUAUAUGCACAGGCACACAAAGAUUCAUAUGCUGGUUGAAUUUUCUGGGUUGUAUCCAACUCCUCUUCAAGGUAGACCUGCUGAAAUAAAUGAAUCUCCUGUCUGCUACCCAUGUCUCUUGGUCUCAGU